AUUUUAUUGCAGAAACCGCUGGUCUAGCUCUCAUUCUUCUUUUCUAACUUUGAAAGCUUAAGAAACUCAAUUAUGCCUACCUACGAAGGACAAGCCACCAUGUACAUGAGGAUGCCAAUGUCCAACUCGAACUUGCCAAUUGCAGGAACCUGCACAGUAGAGGACAAGAGAGUCGCUCUUAAAUUUCCAUUUACUGGAAUUGAGUUCGAUUUACCGCAAUCUCCUAAGGAAAAUCGUAAUGAUUUUGACUUUAAGAUCCGUGGAGCCAGAGGAGAUAUGACAUUGACUAUCGGCUAUAUCAGCGAAUUGAAAUGUUUUACUGGAAAAGGUGUACAGGAGGAAGACGAUACUCCCGUUCUUACUUUUACCUUCUGGCCAAGCGACAGCGCAAUGAAAAAGCUUCCAACCUGUUAA